AUGGGAGCAUCCAUUGGUUUGGGCUCGGUUGCAGUGUUCUUGCAAGUGGUAGCCUUGGCGUUCCUUAUCUUGGCCAUCAUCUCCGUGCCUGUAGUCAAAUCGUUGAGUCUUGGUUCAACUUCAAACUACACAUAUGGUGUGUUUGGAUACUGUAAUGGGUCUGACUGUAUCAAGGCCACCUAUCCGUGGGUACCUUCCCAGGUCAAGGACAACGUUCGUGACUGGGCCAUGAGUUCAUCUGCGCGUGACUCCUUAGCUAAAAUCUUGAUCAUUGGUCCAAUUGCUGCUGGUCUUGUGUUUUUCCUGGUUAUCUUCUCCCUUGCUGGACUUUUCGCUACCCACAUUGUUGGUGUAAUUGCCCUUGUGGUGGCCAUCUUGGCCUUUUUGACCACCGCUGUCAUUUGCAUUGCUGUUGUGAUGCUUUUCUUCCCGCAUGUUUCCUGGACUGGUUGGAUCUUGGUUGGUGCUGCCGCUGCCAUGUUGAUCUCCAUCCCUCUUUUACUCCUUGCCACAAAGUAUGGCUCGUAUGAAGAGUUGGAAAAUGAUUCCUCAUCAAGAGAAGACUUGACUCGCUUUGAAGACUAUGGUGAAGAACUGAAAUUUGGUUAUGUUCCUCCUCCACAAUCACAAACUUUGGGAGGUGGCUUCCCUAAACAACCAAACACAUACGCAGACACUACAACUUCGUCUAUCUCGAGAGAAUACGAUUAUAAGCCAGUGGUGACCACCUUGGGCAAUGGAUACAAUCCUACCACCACGCGUGACAAUAACUCGAUAUAUAAUGCAAACCCUCAGAAAACUUUUGAUUUCACUCAAAAGGAAGGUGUUUCAUCUGCACCAACUAGACCGGCUUAUGUUGCUGGCCAAUCGGGAACUGGAUCUUCUACAUCCAAUUAUUAUAGCGGAGAAGACAAGGUAUCAUUAGUCAAUGGCCCCAACACUCCAGUUUCGUCUCAAAGAAACAUGGCGCCAACCAUUGUUCCCACUGUUGCCACCCCAACUCUUCAUGACGCACCAUUAUCGAAGGUCCCAGCCGUACCGUACCCUGUUUCCACCUAUGGACUGCCUAACGACCCAGUUCGUACUCCGUACAAUCCAACCGUUUUUGAACAUCACCCAGAAGUUGAAGGUCAUAAACCAUUCACUGAACUUCGUGACGAUGAUGUCAACAAAUUUGCCAAUGAAGAACCCCCAAUUGAUUCCGAUACUGAAUCUGAUUUCACUAGUGUGUCACAACGUGCGCCAAAUCCACAGUACUAUCAAGGAAAUCUGCCGGAACGUGGCCAUGCUCCACCACCACCCCCUCAUGUUCAACAGUUCCAUCUCCCACAACAGCAACCACACCUUGUGCGUGUUCCUAUGAUGCAACAACAUCAACAGCAACCAUUACAAAUUCCACCACAACAACACUAUCAACAACAACAGCAACAACAACAACCUUAUUCGUAUGGUCAACUGGCAUACUCUACUCCUGCACCACCACCACCUCCUCCACACGGUCCUUCUUCAAACAUAGGAUACUUCAACCAGGUCCCUCCACCACAACAACAGCAACAAAGAGGACCCACGGUUGCCGAUAGCGUAUUAAAUAACAAUCCAGACUUUGCAAUUGGCGGAGGGUUCAAGAAGAAUAACAGGCAAAAUAUGAGUAAUAUUGCACGCGGACCACGUAGAUUAAGUAACUCUGGUAUGCCUGCUGCUAGCAUGACUAGAGAUGGGCCAUAUAGUUUCCGUUAA